AUGAAUAGAUGUUGUGACGUAGCCAAGGUGGCCCAGGAAUUGAAACAAUCUCACCUAGUGUCAGUUUUCAAAAAAGGCGAUAGGAAAGAUCCUAAUUACUAUAGAGGUCUCAGUAUUACCAGCAGUAUGAGCCGACUUUUUGGGAAAAUUUUAAAUUCUAAAUUGAGCGAUGCCAUGAAGGAUCGAAUAGGCGAAGAGCAGUCUGGAUUUGUGGCGGGACGAUCAUGUGUGUACAAUCUCUUCAUUCUGCAGCAACUAGCUGAGAAAAAAAUAUCAACUGGAGGAGAAAUACACAUGGCUUUCAUAGAUUUGGAGAAAGCAUACGAUACAAUACCCCAGCAAAAACUUUGGGAAGCACUGAAGAGCUUGGAAGUUGAUAAGCAAAUGCUGUUAGUUAUCCAAGAACUAUAUAGACAUAACACUGCCUAUGUAAAAAUGGGAAAACAGAUGUCGUCGAAGCCAAUAAAAACAUCCACCUCUACUGUUCAAUCUAUAAGUGGAGGUGGCGUUGACUGCGUGGAAGAGAAGUUGUGA